GAUAAGUCCUGAAAGUUGGCCCCGUCAUGAGGACCAGCUUGUACCUUGAGGUCAGACCGUCAGUAGGAGUGUGAAGAGCCGGGAGAUGACCAAUCUGUGGGUUUCCGUAGCGGCGCUGGGGGUUUCGGUGCUCCUCAGCGAGGCGAUCCGUACCGCAGCGCGUCUUUUCCCGGGAGCUUACCAGAUUUACCUGCUGGAGGCGGCAUCCACCUUCCAGCUCUGCUGCUGCACUCACGAACUCAAACUGCUGGGCGAGACGGGCCAGCUGGAGCUCUCCGUCAGCCUGGCUCUCACCUACACCGUGACUGUAAUCCACCUGAUAACUUUCCGGGAGGCCACGUGCAACCCCACCGCGGCUCUGGAGCGUGUGUGUCGCGGCACCAGCAGCGUUAGGGCGGCCGGCGUCCUCGUAGCUCUCCAGUUCGCAGCUGCUAUCGCCGCGCAGCUUUUCGUCGCCUCCGUGUGGUCGUUAGGUCUCUCCGACAUCCACCUGCGGCACCAGAGGUUUGGGUUCAGGUGCUUCGACCCCCUCGGUGGGACGCUGCUGGAGGCCGCGGCGGUGGAGCUGGCCUGCGCCUUCAUCGUCCAGGCUGCCUGCAUGCAUGGCCACAGACUGGACGAAAAGUUGAGAGUUCACUUCGUCGCUGCUGUUGUCACUGUUGCAGUUUACGCAGGUGGAAAUAUUUCAGGAGCUAUUUUCAACCCGGUUCUGGCCUUCUCCGUUCAGUUCCCCUGCAGCGGCCACACCUACCUGGAGUAUUGCUUUGUGUACUGGCUGGGACCCGUUUUAGGCGUGGCGAGCUGCAUCCUGCUGUUUGAGAAGAUCGUCCCUUUCCUUUCUGGUAAGAGCACCAUCGGGCUGGACGUUCCCGCCGUCCAGAAAGAGAAGACCCAGUAGCUGCGAGUGACACAGGUCGUGCCUGUUUUUAAAGCGUUUUAUACCUUGUGUCUUAAUGGUUAUUACUUGUUAUUAAUGCUGCAGGUUUGCCUCAUCUUUAGAAAGUAAAUGCAUAAAAAAAUAGACACACUGUAAUGUGUCUGUACUGUCAGGGUAAAUAGCACUUUCACUGUCAUUGACCAAAAAAAUGUCAGCCCACUAUUGUUGCUAAGCUGUUGAAUAAACUGUUAGAAAAUGGUGCAACAAAGCUGCAGCAUUUCAGUAAUCAGAACACUGCAGGUGUUACUCUGAUGUAAUUUUACGGGUGAGAAAUAACAGAUUCUGGGGCUUAAGGCUGACCUGAAAUCUUAAUUGGCCUUUCUUUUUGUGCAGUUGAAUAUUUGCUUAGCUAUAAUGAUUCUAUAGCUACCAAAAGAGCAUAAAAUAUGUUGGUGUGCUGCUAACUGCAGCAACUUUUUCUAGCCUGCACACAUUAUGUUUUGAAGGCAGGAAAACAGCCCCUGGAUAUGCACUGUUUUUAAUGCUUAAUUAAUUUCAUAUUUGAUUCUUAUUUAGUCUCAAGAUUUAUGCAAAAGUGUUUUAAGUUUUGCCAAAACAGAUGAAGAGUGUCAGAAGCACAGCAUCGAGGAAUGUAUGUAAUAAUAUGUUGAAUGUAUAUUGCUGCUUAUAUCACUGCACACAUGACGAAGCUGCAGAACAUCAGAAGCACACUUAUUUUUAGAACAUGAAAUUCUGCACGUGUAACUGAAAGAAAGCACAACCAACUAAGUGGUUAAUAUGCAAUUAGGUGAGACAGCGCACCUACUAAAAUUGAUGUUUUUCUCUAUGCAGUUUGGUAGAUUAUAAAUAUUUGAGCAGCUUUAUUUAAGUUCACACACAGUGCCAGACUUUCAGCUGCUCCCAGCGGUGUCGGCUAACGCAGCCCCUCCAUUUAUUUUGGCUUGGCAUGAUGCUAGGAGUACACUAGCUUUAUAAAUAAAUAAAUAAACAAACAAAAAUCUGCAAAAUCAAAUAUGUAGAGCCAUCAGCUGUGGUGACCUCUCGUGAAUAAAGGAGCACAUAUUCUACAGUCCUGUCCAGUCUUAAAAUGCCAUAAAACAAUAUUACAGUGUUUAAUUUACUCAUAUUCCCAAACUGGGUGUUUCCAAAGCCUUAAACCUUUGGAUUGCACCGAAGUGUUUCCACUUCACUGAACAUGUAAACGGGGCUAAAGAAAACUGGACUUCAGUUUUAGGACAUGCUGAUGGUGGUUUGGUUGGUUCUGGGUGACCAGAGCUUUUACCUGUUCUCUGGUGAGACUCAUGUUUGGCUUUGUUCGCGUGUCUGUCUGCUAAAUUACUGUGUUUUCAGUGUCCGCACACAGUUAAAAGUUCUGGCACUAGUAUAAGAUUUGGUGCUGGUGAGAUUUUUGGUAUUUUAUUUUUGGGCACCACACUGAAGUUUCUGGGCAUAAUAACAGCUGACCUCAAAUACCUCCCCUGCAAUGCAAGCUUCUGAGAAUAAAACUGGUAUAAUUAUUUUUGAAUAAGAAUGUGAUUAAACACAGAUGCCUGUCUACACAAUGUGCAAUGAUUUUGGAUAGAAGGUUUUCUAUUUGUUGUAAUUUAA